UGUAGUGUAUUCUCCCAGUGGGGGCAUAUUAUUGCCGGUGCCAUUCUCCGCAACACAAGCCGAGCGCAAAGCCCAAACAUCCGAGGCUCAGCAGACAGGUGACAUAGCACGUAUCCAUAAUCCGGGGCGCCCUCAAAACCCAUGAACCUACCAACUUUAUCGAUACCUCUGAAUCCAUCCAUGCUCCUAUACGACUCUUCCGCACGUGGAAUCUGACCUACAAAAUCACGCGACGACAUUCGAUGCCUUGAGACUUAAGCGAUUUCCGAUCAACAUCCUCUCUUGACCCUGCGACCGACCCUCUCUUUACGUUCUUUUGCCGAGGCUUGGGGACAAGAUGGCCAUGUCAUCUUCGCUGGAAGUGCUAAAGGUACCGCUCUUAUCGACUUGCGACACGAUAGAGUUUGCGCUGACGGGUUUUGGGUAGAACACGUUGGAGGAGAUUGUCAAGGACCCGCGAUACCAUGAUCUCUUGUCCUUAGUCAAGACGGCGCGCAAUGGUAUUAUCUACGGAACCAAGGUGCGGUUUCCGCAUGCGCUGGUGAUGGUGUUUCUCUUCCGCUCUGGAACAUUCCCACAGAAAGUAAACCUAGUCCUUCGAGCGACAAGACAUCAUGCAACCAACUUGGCGCGCUUUGCCCUUAUUUAUAAGCUGACCAUGCUUGCGCUCAAAUACUUUGGCGCAGAGCCUGGAAAGGAGGGAACAUACGACUCCUUCGUUGGUGGUCUUGUGGGCGGAUAUUUCGUCUUCGGCGGUCGUUCCAAGCGUACGGGGAAAAUCUCAUCGGUCAACCAGCAGAUCGUCAUCUACGUCUUUGCGCGAGUGAUGCUCGCACUCGCCCGUAUCGCUGUGAAGCCAGGCCACGGAUUCCCAUUCGUGUCGUCCGAACCUCUCCAUGGAAUCAUUAAUCAAUAUGCCUGGCCUGCGUUCGCGUCGCUCUCGUGGGCUAUGGUGAUGUUGAUCUUCCGAUACCAUCCCGAGGAGCUGCAGUCGAGCUUGAGAAGCAGUAUGACGUACAUUUAUAAGGACUGCAAUGACUUUGACUCGCUCCGGAAUUUGCUUUGGCAUAACAAAUAGACGAUGAUUCUUUCUGUCGGUUAGUUGGUUUGGCGUUGGGCGUGAGAGAUGCUCGAUAAUUUUGCAUAUCGGGAUUCAUUGUUUUAGCAUUGCAGUCAUUAUAGGCUGGGACCUUGGGUUUUUAGGAAGCAUGAGUAGACAUGGAUACAUGAAAACCAAUAUGAUAGAGGUGAAUCUGUCCUACUUGUAGGUUGGGAAUAUUUUGAUGCAAAUUCUCAAUGUCAUACCAUAGACUCUAUGCCGUCAUAAAGAAGUUUAACCAAAACUUAUAUCGUCGCGCUAAAACUUUAGAUGAUUUCAACAAUCAAAUUGCGAUUGAUUCGGCCAUUAAGAAAGAUUUUCAGUCAUUUUUGAAGCCAA